AUGACGCCAGAAGACCAGAAUGAGACAACCCCUUCAAGAUUCCGAGCGCUCGCGUUCCGGAAUCCUUUCGCCUCACCAAGCAGAAACGAGAAUUAUCCAACAGCCACGACAUCAGGUCAUUGCAUGCCAGAAUCUACAGCAGUACAUGCCGCCGAAGCAACCAGUUCAGGUGUUGCUAGCACCAUCCCCUCCACAGCCCCGUCCGCCAUCUCAUCCCUUGGAAAUACUGCCGCCACAUCACCAACAUCGGAGCAUUGUCCAGAUAUUGAGCAACAUGACCAUGUCACUCCGUCUUGUCAAGGUCUUGAUAUCAUUUUCCCGCCAGGUAAAGCAGACCAGAACUUCGCGGAUGGAGACGAGGGAAAUUCGAUUGCCAGCUCGGAUAUCUCACCGUUUGGCAGUCCUCACAUUAACAGAAGUUUGAUUAAUCUUGAGGACACCGGUACUGCCGUCGAUGGAGGAGCCGAUAGUUUACAGAGCAACAUGAGCAUUUCCAAAAGUUCCAAAAUGUCACCAAUUCGUCUGUCUGGAUCGCCUCUAAAUAUCUCAAGACCAGAGUCUCUAGCAGGCUCCUUCCAGUCUGUCAGAUCCGAGCAGUCUGCCAAGUCUUUCAGGUCAUAUGGAUCAUCAAUUGGAGAUGGAGGCGAAUGGGAGUUCGACUCCUUACUUGAGAUGACAGAUGAGAUAAGGGCCGCAUUGAAGACCAGAGGAACCAUUCCAAAGAGUAGCAUUGAAGAGUUGAGUGUGCUGCUUGAUGCCUUGUUGCAAAUCGAGGCCUCAGUUCCGCCUUCGACAGAGUUUGAUCUACUUAUACACACCCGUUUAGACGAGCUUCUCAGAGACAUUGGCGACUCUAAGGAGACGAUGAGUCAAAAUAUGGAUAAGAGUCAAGUAACAAUCUUCAUCAAGGCUGGUUCUUUGAGGCGGAAGUGGGAGCGAAGAUUCAAAGGGUUGUAUUUCAACAUUAACAAGCCGCGCACAGAGCAGAUGAUCAACGGCCCUCUGCGUGGCCUAGGUAUCAUUGGAAGUAAUGGAGAUCAGGGACUGGAUUGGCUUGUCAGUCAUGUGCAACCAGCCGAUUUGGAGGGCCAUCUGAAUUUCACUCCAGGAGACUGGUGGCUGAACAUGCACUGCGCACUUCGUGAUGGUGCCGUCGGGUCAGUGGACAAGAUGCUGACAAUGGGAAAGUCUGGAGUUGUGGCGUUAGCAUUGCUAGCAGGAGAAGAAGUCACCGGCCCAACACUGAACCUGUUCGAAUAUACCAAGAUUGGCCACAACAUGGACGAAUUGAUGAAGCUUAUGGCAUGCAAUCGUGGUCGUCCUAUCAGGCUUUUGAGAGGCAGCAAUCUAAAGAGCAAAUAUGCCCCAUCGGCAGGUGUUCGAUAUGAUGGCCUACACCUUGUCAAGCAAUUUGGACAUCAACUCCUAGACGAAUCCCAGAAUGUGUAUCGAUGCACGAUCAUGCUGGAGAGGAGCACAAGCCAGAAGCCAUUUGCCGAGGUCCUCCGAUUGCCCAAGCCAUCGCACCUGGACGACUGGAUACUUUACAAGAGGUUCGUGGGCGAGGAGUAUCGGAAACGAGAAGGGGAGGCGGCCUUUGAGAAAUGGAUUGACCUUGAAGAGGAGAAGCAAGCAGACAAAGAGCAAUUCCUCAAGGCCAGGGCAUUGCAGGAGGGAAUUCGACGGUACACGGUGGUGGAGAGGAAGCCGAAUAAUCUUCAAACCCACUGA